AUGCGAAUUAAUGUUAAUGGUAGAGAAAUAUUUAAUUCAAACUCGCUCUAUGCCUACAAGACUUAUUUUUCACACGAGCUUUCUUACUCUCAAGGGGCAAAAAAUUCCCAUUUGAACGCUGCAGGAUAUUACUAUGAUUCGGACAUAAAACUUGAGGACGGCACAGCCUAUAAUGCAAGAAAAAAUUUAUUUUCGUCUAGUAAGACGGCACAAUUUAUUUCGAAACUUGAUGCAGAUAUAUUCAACCAACCUCUCUAUCUAAUAAAUCAUUGCGAAAUCGAUAUUGAAUUACUACCUAAUGACACGAAAUUUGUAUUGAUUGCUCCUCCUGUACUUGGGAUUGACCAACCAAUUACUUAUAAUUUUGAGGUUGUAAGCUGUAAGUUAUACGUUAAAAAGAUUGAUCUUAUGGAUGGACUCUCUCUAGAUAUUGCCAGAAAACUUGAAACUAAACCUGCAAGAUAUUCAAUAAGAAAAACGAUGAUGAAACCGCUUUUCAUAAGUCAGGGUAGAUAUGAAUUUAAUGCAAACUUGUUCAUGGAUCAAAUUCCUAGAAGAAUUACAUUAGGUCUAGUUGCAAACUCCGAUUAUCAAAUGGACGACCAUACCCGCAGGCAUCUUAUGACUUUGAUUAUAAGAAUGGAAGAUAUGUAA